AGAGAGAGAGGUUUCUGAGCAGUUUUCCAAUGUUUUCUUCCAGGGCAUCACGUUUCAUUGUUUAUAUUGAGUGUCUGGGGAUAUUCGUGCCUCGCUAUAUACUCAGUGUCACCACGUCUUCCCUCGGGUGUCUUUACGCUGCUCUCUUACUCUCUUAUACACCCCUUUAUACACUCUCACAGCUGACCACACCAAAAACACUCAUUCUCCCGUCUUCGCCCUCUCAUUGGCUCUCCCGCCGUGUAUGCCUAUGACGCCUCGCUCGCUGAUUGGAGGAGGUGCCUGGUGGGCGUUGCCUUUCUAGUUACAUCACAGAAAAGUCGCGGUUCGUGAUUGGCUGAAGCAACGACCUCUAUCCGGGUACGUUCCGAGUGGUGAUUGGCUGGCGAGGAGCGCUAUGUGAUGUCAUUACUUUACGUCAUGUUUAGGGGUUUUAGAGAGAGAGAGAGAGAGAGAGAGAGAGAGAGAGUAGGACAAGGUUAUGAAAGGUCGAGAAAGAGGAGGAGGUGGAGGUGGAGGAGGAGGAGGAGGAGGAGAGGAGGUAAAGGAGGAAGACGAGGAGGAGGAGGAGGUGACGGGAGAGAAAAACGGUAAGUUUCCCCAAAGCAGAGUUAUAGACGCCUACGCACCACUCCUCCUCCUCCUCCUCCUCCUCCUCCUCCUCCUCCUUCUCCUCUCCAGCCUUCCCCUCUUCACCGUCUCCCUCCAUCCACCUGCCGCCACCUCCCCCGCAAGGCCUUUCAAUCCCUUCCAGCCAUCACCCCCUCGUCUUUCCCCAUUCUCCCCCACAGUAGUCUGGCAGCAGCAACAAGUCCACACACACACACACACACACGCCAGGCAACACACCACACGCGACUCGCAUACGGAGCACACACGCCCCUCCGCACCCUCUCGUCUCAGCCACCCCGCUUCGCUCAGCUAACUCUGCAGCAGAAGACCAGGCGAAGAAGCCAAAUCGCCCAAUCCAGCCCAAUAUAGCCCAAACCAGGCCAAGACGCCAAAUAGCCUAAUCCUGCCCAAGCAGCAGCAUCAUGCCACGUGCUCGCUGCAGUAACGAGCUGAGUGCUAUUCACUCUACCGCGACGCGAAAGGAGGAAAGAUCGCCGUCACCACUUACAGUCAUGGAUGCGGACGAGUACAGGAAGAGAGGUAAGGAGAUGGUGGAAUACAUCGCUGACUACCUGGAAAACAUACGCGAGCGGCGGGUGUUUCCUGACGUCAAGCCGGGCUACAUGCGAGACUUGAUGCCAGACGAGGCCCCCGAGCACCCCGAGCCCUGGCAAAACAUCUUCAACGACAUCGAGAGGGUGGUGAUGCCCGGGAUGACGCAUUGGCAGUCCCCCUACAUGCACGCCUACUUUCCUGCCCUCAACUCCUACCCCUCUCUACUCGCUGACAUGCUGGCGGACGCUAUCAACUGCAUAGGCUUCACUUGGGCCUCGUCACCCGCCUGCACGGAGCUUGAGAUUAUGGUGAUGGACUGGCUGGCGCGCAUGCUGGGGCUGCCCGACCACUUCCUCCACUCCUGCAAGGACGCGCCCGGCGGGGGAGUCAUCCAGACCACAGCUUCCGAGGCCACCUUUGUGUGCCUGCUGGCGGCGCGGACGGAGGCCAUACAGAGGUACCAGCAGGAUGACCCGGAGAUUGAGGACGCCGAGAUCAACUCCAGACUGGUGGCCUACUGCUCCGACCAGGCUCACUCGUCGGUGGAGAAGGCGGGGCUAAUCGGGCUGGUCAAGAUGCGAUACAUUGAGAGUGAUGACAAUUUGAGCAUGCGAGGCGACAAAGUGCUGGAGGCCAUUCAGAACGACAGGGAGAAGGGCCUCAUUCCCUUCUUUCUCUGCGCCACGCUAGGGACUACUGGUGCUUGCGCUUUCGAUAAUCUUCAGGAACUAGGACCCAUCUGCGCCCAGGAGGAGCUGUGGAUGCACGUGGACGCCGCAUACGCCGGAACUGCCUUCAUGUGCCCAGAGUUCCGACACUUCAUGGCCGGCAUAGAGUACGCUCACUCCCUCGCCUUCAACCCCUCCAAGUGGAUGAUGGUCCACUUCGACUGCACGGCCAUGUGGGUCAAGAACAGUGGCUCCCUUCAUCGCACCUUUAACGUAGAGCCAAUUUACCUGCAGCACGAGAAUACAGGCCUCGCUAUUGACUUUAUGCACUGGCAGAUUGGGCUCAGCAAAAAGUUCAGAUCUCUAAAACUUUGGUUCGUGAUUCGUUCAUUUGGAGUGGCGGGUCUUCAGAAACACAUACGAGAGGGGGUGAGGAUGGCACAAAAGUUUGAGGCGUUCGUGAAGUCUGACCCGCGCUUCGAGAUCCCCUACGCCCGGCACCUGGGCAUGGUGGUGUUUAGGCUGAAGGGCGAGAACGAGCUCACGGAGAAGCUGCUCAAGAAGAUCAACUCCACGGGGAAGCUGCAUUGCGUGCCCGCCUGCCUCAAGGGGAAAUAUGUGAUAAGGUUCACCGUGACCUCCACCUACACCACCGUGGAUGACCUCUCGCGGGACUGGGCCAUCAUCCGCGCCGUUGCGUCUGAGGUGCUCUCCAAGACACCUGCAGAAGAACAUAAGGCGAAGGUGUUCCUCAAGGACACUCGCAAGAACCCGGAUUUUGGCACUUCACUCCUGCUCGCCAACUCUCCGAUGUCCCCAAAGAUUGUCAACGGUUCAUUCGCUGCUAUCUUCGACAACAAUGACGUCCUCUUCGAGUUCGCCAAGAAGCUGCAGCAGUUCAAACUCGACGUGCAGGAUUCCCCGGGCAAAGCCAUGCGUCGCCGUAUCCGCGGGAUGUUGAUGGCGGGCAAGCAGUACUCUCUGGACUCCCGCAUGGAUUUGGUGACGACCCUGGUGCAGUCCGCGCGGCCAUCCGACAUGCCCACUAUGAGGGAGAACAGCAUGGAGCAGCCCGACUGCCACGACACGGGCGUUCAGACUGACGAGGCGUUCAGUCCAUCACGCGGCCGUUCUCGGAGUGUGGACGAGGGCAUCUUCACCCCGGACCUCAAGAGCGUCGCCCUGCAAGACGCCAUAGACGAGGACGAGGGUGAAUCCUCAUCCCCAGAGGCAGACACGACUAAGAAGACACGGGAACUCAACGGGCGGCCUGAAACACUCUUUCACUGCAACAAGUGUGGCGCUGUGCUAACCGUACAAUAAAGUGGCGGGAAGGAGUAAGUGCGGGAGUUGACGCAGCCCUGAUCCGCGCCUACCCGCUUGAUGCCGAGAAGGAUGAUUCCCGCGCUACUUGACGAGUGUCUGUGUGUGUGUGUGUGUGUGUGUGUGUGUGUGUUUGCUGCAUGAAGAAACGUGUGGUACAUUGUCGUGCUGUUACGUAAGGCGGAGCUCUUACGGGUCGUGUUGAAUGAAGUAAGGUUGUUCCUGUUUAAGUUUCUUGCUAAAACUGUUACCCUUAGUGGUGAGAAAAGGCAGCCCACGGUUUUAUUCGUUAACAUCAUUUUUUUUUUUUUUUUUUUUUUAGUAACAGUGCGAGAUCUGGACAAUCGCAACCCAAAGUUAGUUUACUGAUUUAUUUUAAAACAUUACUGGAUUAAUACACGCUGGUUAUCUUUACUAUGAUACCUAUAACAAUAUGCGUGUGUGUGAUGGCGGGCGCGGGCCGUGGUGACACCAUGCUUGCGGAGCCACACUGCCGUCCCCGGUGUACAACCACGGGUCCCUCCGAGUUACCACUCUGCUCGGUAUCACCCUUUAUUGAUCACAAUAACACAAAUAAACGACGCGACUAAGGCCAACGUGACGCGUUGCGUAAGCCACUACAAGUAGUAUUAAUUAUUACGGUAUUA